CCAGUUCCUAGAGAAAUGUAGCAAUUGCCAACUCUUCGCUGGCACGGGUGCACUGGCGAACAAUAAAAACGACCGGGCGGCUUGAACGGCGUUGAACCGGUUAAUUGCGUCGGAAGAACGUUCGCCAGGGGCGCUCCUGUCCCUUUCGCACGGAAUCUGGCGCGGUGUGACGUUAGAGCCAGGCCUGUGCGUGCGGCGUCUGGUGCCCGCUCUGUGCGUGCGAGCGGCGGCUUUGGAGGGGGGGGUGAUUCCGACCGUGCGUGAUGACGUUUCGGUCUUGAUGUGGCUCCGCCCCUUGCCGGAGCGCGGCGUCUGCAGUCUUGGUGGUUGCUGAGGGAGGUCGUGGAGCCGGUGAGGGGAAAGGAGGACGCAGCAGCAGUAGCAGCACCACCGGCAGCAGCUUCUUCUUCUUCUUCCUCCUCAUCCUCGGCGCCCUGCCCCCUUUGCCCUCCCCCCUCCUCCGCUUCAGGAUGUCUUCUGUGCCGGACGCAGCCGCCGGGGACGAGCUGAAGCAGGCGAAGGAGAUGGAGGACGCUGAGAAGUAUUCCUUCAUGUCCACCCUCACCAAGGCGCCCAAGAAGCAAAUCCAGUUUGCGGAUGACAUGCAAGAGUUCAGCAAAUUCCCAACCAAGACUGGUCGCAGGUCCCUAUCUCGUUCCAUCUCGCAAUCUUCCACUGACAGUUACAGCUCUGCGGCAUCCUACACAGACAGCUCUGAUGAUGAAGUUUCUCCUAGAGAAAAGCAGCAAACCAAUUCCAAGGGAAGUAGCAAUUUCUGUGUUAAGAAUAUCAAGCAGGCAGAGUUUGGGCGCCGAGAAAUAGAGAUUGCUGAGCAAGAUAUGUCUGCACUCAUCUCGCUAAGAAAAAGAGCUCAGGGUGAGAAGCCUUUGGCUGGAGCUAAAAUAGUAGGAUGUACACACAUAACAGCACAGACUGCGGUCCUGAUUGAAACGCUUUGUGCGUUAGGAGCUCAGUGCCGUUGGUCUGCUUGUAACAUUUAUUCAACUCAGAAUGAGGUUGCUGCUGCCUUGGCUGAAGCUGGUGUUGCUGUGUUUGCCUGGAAAGGGGAGUCAGAGGAUGACUUUUGGUGGUGCAUUGAUCGUUGUGUUAAUGUGGAUGGAUGGCAAGCCAAUAUGAUCUUGGAUGAUGGAGGAGACUUGACACAUUGGGUCUACAAGAAAUAUCCAAAUGUAUUUAAGAAGAUCAGAGGCAUUGUAGAAGAGAGUGUGACAGGUGUGCACAGGUUGUACCAGUUAUCAAAGGCUGGAAAACUAUGUGUUCCAGCAAUGAAUGUCAAUGACUCUGUCACCAAACAGAAAUUUGAUAACUUGUACUGUUGCAGAGAGUCCAUCUUGGACGGACUGAAGAGGACAACUGAUGUGAUGUUUGGAGGAAAGCAAGUGGUGGUAUGUGGCUAUGGUGAGGUUGGAAAGGGAUGCUGUGCAGCUCUGAAGGCCCUGGGAGCCAUAGUUUAUGUCACAGAGAUUGAUCCUAUCUGUGCCCUUCAAGCAUGCAUGGAUGGAUUUCGAGUAGUGAAGCUCAAUGAAGUCAUUCGCCAAGUGGAUGUAGUUAUAACUUGCACAGGAAACAAAAAUGUGGUGACCAGAGAGCACCUGGAUCGAAUGAAGAAUAGCUGUAUUGUAUGUAAUAUGGGCCAUUCCAACACGGAAAUUGAUGUGGCUAGUCUUCGUACCCCAGAGUUGACCUGGGAGCGUGUUCGUUCUCAAGUAGAUCAUGUAAUUUGGCCUGAUGGCAAACGGGUUGUUCUACUAGCUGAGGGACGACUUCUCAAUCUGAGCUGUUCAACUGUUCCUACCUUUGUUCUGUCCAUCACAGCUACUACUCAGGCUCUGGCUUUGAUUGAGCUUUACAAUGCUCCUGAGGGACGAUACAAACAAGAUGUGUACUUGUUGCCUAAAAAGAUGGAUGAAUAUGUUGCCAGCUUGCACCUGCCUUCAUUUGAUGCUCAUCUGACAGAACUAACAGAUGAUCAAGCAAAGUAUCUGGGACUGAAUAAAAAUGGACCCUUUAAGCCAAACUACUAUAGGUACUGAUGGACCAAUAAUGCUGAAGAACCAGACCACAUAAUCUACACAAGAGCUUUAGCAAGGAUGUUUUUAAACAAUAUUUUGUGUGUAUUCUAAAAACAUUUGUUUCUUUUAUUCAUGUGAUUUUACUAUCCCCUCACAUUCUUUAAUGUUUCCCAGGUGUUGGGUCUGUCAUUGCAGGCAACCUGGGAUUUCCUAGCUGCAUCACCACUAAAUUAGUGCUGUUUCAGCUCCUUAGCUCUGUUACUAGAGAGAUUGUUUCCUUUGGUGAUGUAAGGCAUCUGUUUCCUGUGGUGAAUUUUCUUUUCUUUUUUUUUUAAUUUAACUUUUCAGGGCACCUUAGUUGAACUGGUAGAUUUGCAGAACAUUUAAAGUACUGUUUCCUGACCCUGUUCGGAAUUAUCUGGAAACUCUAAAUUGCCUUAAUGAGCCCCAAUUUAUUAGCAGCUAGAUCAGUGCUUCUUUUCCUGCAGAGGAA